UUUCUGCUACAUAUUCAGCAUCACGGCGUUGUUUGGUUACACGAUUCCAGUAUUAAUUCAAGGCUAUUAAUUAAAGAGGCCAUAAUGGUUGAUCCCCGAGUGGCAGGAAGAGCGUGGCACUGUGAUUUCGGGCUAAGCGCGAAGUCAAGGUCGUAAAACAUGAACGUGGAUGGUGUCAUUAGGAUUGAGACGCGCGCCGUUAACGGAAAGCCUCGCAUCUUCAUCGUCCACGGCGAACAUGUUGCAGACGAUAGUGUCGGCACGGUGAAGUGGGAAGUGAAGCCAGCCGGCAUCAGCAGCAGCAGCGGCGGCGGCGGCGGCGUAGUGAGCCGACUCGGAAGCAGAGCAUCCUCCUCGGCUGUAGGAAGAAGUGGUGGCGAUCCGCCAGCAAGCUCCAGAAGGCGCGACGUCGCGCGAGCGAAAAAGAGUCGCGCGGUGAACGGAGGAGGAGGAGGCGAGAGCUAUAGCACUCUCACCCAGUCGGGCUUCAACCACAUACUCAGCGUCCUCGGCAAGGAACUACCAGACUCGUAUCGGUCAGCAGAGGGCAGCAGCAGCAGGAGCUCGCGGGCCGAGCGUCCGGCGGGCGAGAGUGACCGGUCGCCGCGGCGGCCAGACAAGCGGCGGGGCGGCGCACCGGCGAGAGAGCCAGCCAGCGAUGGCGGCGGCGGCGGCGGCGGAGGCAGCGGCAGCGGGCAUCCAAGUGGCAAAGCACAGCAUCAGAAGCAGCAGCAGCAGCAGCAACAGCAGCUGCUGGGUAGUGAUGGCGACGGCACAACAUCUGCCACACUGAAAGUGAUGGGACAGCCAGUACGGCUGGAAACCUCGCCUCGGCAGAAGGCUCUCCAGAACCAUCAGCUGCAGCAGCAACAGCAUCAUCAGCAGCAGCAACAGUACCACCAGCAGCAGCAGCAGCAGCCAGUUCUAGAUGGCAGGCACAGGGACUCGAUGGGCAGCCCGCAACAGCAGCUGCAGCCACUCUCCAAACUCGAGAAGAAGAAGAUGGAGUGGAGGCAGCAGCAACUUGGUAUGUCUACGGCUGUCGGUACAAGAGGGAGAGGGGAAAGGGCGAGGAAAGGCAACUCUCUCACUCUGCCUCGGUCUCGCUGCGAGGAAAAAUUUAGUUCCAAAAAAUAUUUCUCGAAGUUUGAAAAAGGGCAGAGACUUCGAUAUCUCGAUAUCUCGUGCAGAGAGUUCAAUUUCUCGAUAUCUUGUAUGAAGGGUGAAGACUUUGAUAUCUCGAUAUCUCGUGCAGAGGGCAGAGAUUUAAAUAUCUCGAUAUCUCGUGUGAAGGGCAAAAGCUUUGAUACCUUUUAA